AUGGUCGACAUUAAAUCGGCUUAUCCGAAAUACAAAUUUGAUUACAAGGUGGACGAUGAUUACACUGGAGAUCAUAAGCAACAACAUGAACACCGCAACGGCCACGAUACCGAGAGUAAAUACUCGUGGCACGUAAAACACUUCGUGAAUAAGAAACACCACGAGGAGAAAAAAGAAAACCAGAAAGAGACAAAAGAGCAACCACAAGCGUAUCCAAAAUAUGAGUUCGGAUACAAGGUGGAUGAUCCUCACAUCGGUGACAACAAAGAGCAGUUUGAAUAUCGCGACGGACAUUAUACUAAAAGUGACUAUUAA